AUGAACGUUCUCAAACUUCAGAGGAAGUUUCCCGAGUUCCAACAAAACGAGAUCUUUGAGCUCUCCAACUCGUUCGCAAAGCUUGAUGUCGACGACAAAGGAUAUCUCGACGAGGCCACCGCGAUCAAAGCUACCCAGCAGAGCGAACGUCAGCCCUACGAUGUCGUGCGCCAGGCCCUCAAGGAAGUCGAUCUGGACUCGUCGCGACGAGUAGAGCUUGAAGAUUACGUCGGCCUGAUCGCAAAGCUGCGCCAGUCCUCUCCUGCGCAAAAGCGCCUCUCUGGCGGCGGCGGCCCGGCGCCUCUCGCCCCGUCAGGUGUUGUCGCGCAGAGGACUGGCGGACACGCCUCGAAACCGAGCGUUAGUGGCAAGAUUCAGGUGCAGGGCUCCAACGCCAACAUCACGCAUACGAUCAACGAGGAUGAGCGCACAGAGUUUACCCGCCACAUCAACGCCGUUCUUGCCGGCGACCCUGACAUUGGCAACCGCCUCCCCUUCCCUACAGAUACCUUUGAAAUGUUCGACGAGUGCAAGGACGGUCUUGUGCUGGCCAAGUUGAUCAACGACAGCGUGCCGGAUACCAUCGACGAGCGUGUACUGAACCGCCCUGGAAAGAAGACCAAGAACCUCAACCACUUCCAGAUGACCGAGAACAACAACAUCGUCAUUGAGUCUGCCAAGGGUAUUGGUUGUUCGGUAGUCAACAUUGGGAGCGGGGACAUCAUCGAGGUCCGCGAGCAUCUGAUUUUGGGUCUUAUUUGGCAGGUCAUCCGGAGAGGUUUGCUGGGCAAGAUUGACAUCAAGUUGCACCCCGAGCUUUACAGGCUGUUGGAGGAGGAUGAGACGCUAGAGCAAUUCCUGAGGCUGCCUCCUGAGCAGAUUCUGCUGCGCUGGUUCAACUACCACCUGAAGGCGGCCAACUGGCCGAGGAGGGUCAACAACUUCUCUAGUGACAUCAAAGAUGGCGAGAAUUACACUGUGCUCUUGGCCCAGAUUGGUUCCGAAUACGGCUGCGACCGGUCGCCACUCCAGACGCAAGAUCACCUCCAACGUGCCGAGCAGGUCCUUCAGAACGCUGACCGGAUGGGCUGCCGCAAGUUCCUGACGCCCACAUCACUUGUUGCCGGAAACCCCAAGCUGAACCUUGCCUUCGUUGCAAACCUGUUCAACACCCACCCUUGCCUAGACCCCAUAACCGAGGAAGAGAAGCUGGAAGUAGAGGACUUCGACGCCGAAGGCGAGCGCGAGGCUCGUGUGUUUACUCUGUGGCUCAACAGCUUGGAUGUGCAGCCUGCUGUCGUGUCCUUCUUUGACGACCUGCGGGAUGGAACCAUCCUCCUGCAGGCUUACGACAAGGUCAUCAAGGGCUCGGUAAACUGGAGGCACGUCAACAAGCCCCCGGCGCAUGGCGGUGAUAUCUCGCACUUCAAGGCGAUUGAGAACACCAACUACGCAAUCGAGCUUGGAAAGCAAAACGGGUUUUCUCUAGUCGGAAUCCAGGGAGCAGACAUCACCGACGGGCAAAAGACUCUGACGCUGGGUCUGGUUUGGCAAUUGAUGCGCAAGGACAUCACCUUGACCCUGUCGGCGCUGGCUCAGAGGCUUGGCAAGCGCGAGAUUACCGAUACCGAGAUGGUCAGGUGGGCCAACGAGAUGUCGAAGAAGGGCGGCCGCAACUCUUCCAUCCGGUCAUUCAAGGACCAGGCCAUUGGGACCGGUAUCUUCUUGUUGGAUGUGCUUAACGGCAUGAAGAGCAGCUAUGUGGAUUACGACCUGGUCACGCCAGGCCAGACGGAUGACGAUGCGUACCUGAAUGCUAAGCUAUCCAUCAGCAUUGCAAGAAAGAUGGGCGCGACAAUUUGGCUGGUGCCCGAGGAUAUUUGCCAAGUCCGGAGCCGCUUGGUUACGACAUUUAUUGGUUCCCUAAUGGCGACGCACGAAAAGAUGACUUGA